AGUGGGGGUCCCACAACGACCUCACAUCUUGACUUGUACCACACACACCACCAUCUCACCCACCCAUUCGGUAAACUGUCUCUGCAGUAAUCAUCCGGCUGAGGAUUACAAACUUGUCUAUACCGCUCCGGAUGUGUUUACAAACGAAAGCUCUGUAAUCGCGUGCAAGGCCUGCUCAAUCGUAUCAUCACUAAACCCAAACCAAGUCAACAUACCGAAGAGAACGGCGCCCUUGGUUGGAUACCACACCAGCAUAUUUUAUAUAAAACAAAAGUGGCAGCUUCUUUAGUAUUACACAUCGUCUGGUUUGCGCUUCGGAGGGAGUGAUAGCGGCUUGAGGGGCGACUGGUGGUGGAGAUUCACGCCAAGGGACUGAAGAACAUCUGGAUCUCAAGAAAUAUGUCUGAAUUUCCCACACGGCCUGUAGCCCAGCUUGUCGGGUCCAAUGGCCCCAUCCACGCCCUAACCUACUCCUCCCCCCCCUCAACCUACAUCCUAACCGGCUCCUCCGACCGCUCCAUCCGCCUCUACAACCCCACCUCCACCACCCCCUCCCCCCUCCCCAACUCACCCCCCACCGGCCGCCUCAUCCAAACCUACACCGGCGCCCACACCUACGAAGUCCUCUCCCUAAGCGUCUCCUCCCUCAACGACCGCUUCGCCUCCUCCGGCGGCGACCGCACCGUCUUCCUCUGGGACGUAACCACCGCCCUCCCUCUCCGCCGCCUCGGCUCAGCCUCCACAGCCCACUCCCACACCGGCCGCGUAAACGCAGUCCUCUUCUCCGGCCACGACGACAGCCUCGUCAUAUCCGGCGGCCACGACACAACCGUCCGAAUCUGGGACGUCAAAUCCAACAGCAACAAACCUGUCCAAGUACUGAGCGACGCCAAAGACGCGAUCACUUCUCUUGCUGUCCCCCAAAAUGGGAACCCAGAGCUCAUAACCGGGAGUGUAGACGGCAGAGUGAGGAGUUAUGACAUUCGUAUGGGACGGUGUACCACAGAUGUCAUUGGCACGCCGGUCACGAGCUUGAGUUUGUCUAAAGAUGGAAAAACGGUGCUGGUGGGGGGGUUGGACAGCAAGAUGCGGCUGUUUGAUCGCCGGGAUGGGACUUGCUUAAAGACGUACGAGCACCCGGGUUGGAAAAACACUGAAUUAAGAGUGCAGAGUUGUCUUGGUGGGAAGGAGAGGUAUGUUGUUGCGGGGGAUGAGCUCACUUCCGAGGCGGCGGGGGUGACGGGAACAACCAGUCAGGAGGAGGGCAAGAUUUGGGCGUGGGAUUUGCUCACUGGAAAGCUGGUCGCCACGGUGCCGGUGCCGUGGGGUGGUGAUGCCAGUAACAAAAAGGUUACUAUCGGGAGAGAUGGGAAAGAAAAGGCGAGGAAGAAUGUGGUUAGUUGUAUCGCGUGGAAGGAAGGGGGUUUUGGGAACCAGUUCUGUGUUGGGGGUACCAGUGGGGUGGUCAACGUGUAUGGCGAGCUCUAGAGAGACGUCAUUAGCCAGGUUUGGUUGUCGCAUCUUCUUUUCUUCUAUUUAACCUAGUAAAACAUGAGCAGUGAAGCCCCUCUCUCACACA